GUGAGUCUUAAGCGGGGUUGUGGGCGGAAGCUUCUCUGGGCGCUGCGUCAUGUGCCCUGGGACGCUUAGUCAGGGGCACUGGGCUGCUUCUCGACGCUUUCCACAGACCCCGGUGCCGUGCACAGCAAGUCGCUUACGUUGGCGUGCUGCUGCUGGUGAUUAAUUUCGAUAUUGACUACUUGUCUUUGUGCGGGGUCGCCUUCUGUUGCCCUGUUCUUCUGCGCUUUCCGCGGCCGGAAAAAGCCCACGAACAGGCACGUCUGGCGCCCGCAAAGCCAGCUGCUUUGUUUGUUGCUUGUGGGGUAGCAAGCACGGGACUCUGGGGAAAUCUGGGGAUGGCGCGCUGAUGUCAGCAGCCCUAAACACCCAGCGCCGCGCCAAAGCUUGUCGGUCAAUCCGUUGCCCCGCGGACGCUCCCCGCUUUCUGCUCUGCUCCCAAACCGGAACCGCGAUCUCGACUGUUUAUCAUCAGUUUAUUGCUUUUAAGUGUCUCUUUCCGCGCAGUCAUGAGCUUCCUUCUCGUCCUUUUAUAUCCUCCUCCUCGCCCGUUCCUACCUCCAUCACCUUCUCUACCAUCCUCUCCCUCAACUGCAAUCAAUCAUCAGCAUCAUCCACCAUGGCUCCCUCUGUGCCUGCACCGCCCGUGAUGGAGGAGUUCUACUCCGGAAUUCCUUCAAACCUCCUCGACCGCGCCCAUGCUGCGAAGGAGCGUCUCAUGUCACAGAAGACCGCUCCCGACACCGUCGUCCGUGAUGAAGAGCUCCCCGUGCUCCCGCCCUACACCACCAGAGACAAGUUCAACUCUGCUAUGGCCGCUCUUUCCCGUAUUUUGGGUGCCAGCAACGUCGAGAUCAACGAUAAGCCUCUUAAGGAUGGCUGGUACAUCGAGCACCCCAACACGCACGACGCCUACCAUCUUCUCCCUGCUACCGACUCUGUCUCCUCCGCGGCCUGCUACCCUGGCUCUACCGAGGAGGUCUCCGCUGUCGUCAAGUGGGCCAACCAGUACGAGAUCCCGAUCUUCCCCAUCUCCAUCGGCCGCAACCUUGGCUACGGUGGUGCCGCCCCGCGUGUCCGUGGCAGUGUCGUCGUCGAUCUCGGACGCCGCAUGAACAAGGUUCUCAAGCUCGAUGGCGAGAACUACUCCUGCCUUGUCGAGCCUGGUGUGACUUACUACAAGCUCUACGACGAGGUCAAGAAGUCUGGCCUGCCUAUGUGGAUCGACCCCCCAGACCUUGGCGGCGGCUCCGUCAUCGGUAACACCGUCGACCGCGGUGUCGGUUACACCCUCUACGGUGACCACUUUGCCAACCACUGCGGUAUGGAGGUCGUUCUGCCUACUGGUGAGGUCAUCCGCACUGGUAUGGGCGGUCUCCCUGGUCCCGACAACACCGACAGCCCAACCUGGCAGUCCUUCCAGUACGGUUUCGGCCCUUACUACGAUGGAAUCUUCACCCAGUCCAACUUUGGUAUUGUCACCAAGCUCGGAAUGUGGCUCAUGCCCGAGACUGAGCACCAGACCUUCAUGGUCACCUUCCCCCGUGACGACGACUUUGGUGACAUUGUCGAAGUCAUCCGCCCUCUGAUGGUCAAGAAGAUCCUUGGAAACGUGCCCCAGCUGCGUAACGUUAUCCAGGAGCUCGCAGUUACUGGCAAGCCCCGAUCUGCCUUCUGGAAGGGCACGGGCCGCAUGCCCCGCGAGGUCAUCCGCGAGCAUGCCUCGAAGAUGCCCUGCGGUGACUGCGCCUGGGUAUUCUACGGAACCGUCUACGGUACCAAGGAGCAGAUCGCAGACACUCUCAAGAUCUGCAAGGUUGAGUUCGGAAAGAUCCAGGGUGCUAAGUUUAUCUUCCCCGAGGACGUUCCCCCCGAUCACUACCUGCACUCCCGAGUCAGCGUCUGCUCGGGUGUGCCUGAGAUUCGUGAGCUCGACUGGCUUAACUGGAAGCCCAACGCCGGUCACUUGUUCUUUGCUCCCAUUUCUCCCACUAAGAAGGAGGAUGCCCGUACAAUUUACGAAAUCGUGCUCAAGAUUCACCAGAAGUACGGCUUUGACAUGUUCCCGACCUACUGCAUCAACACCCGUGAGAUGCACUACAUUGCCAACCUUGUCUACGAUCGCAACGACGAGGACGAGAAGCAGCGAGCAAUGGCCUGCAUGCGCGAGAUGAUUGACGAGUGCGCCAAGGUCGGAUACGGCGAGUACCGAACCCACAUCUUGCUUGCUGACCAGGUCGCUCAGACUUACAGCUGGAACAACCAGGCUCUCAUGAAGUUCCAUGAGGUUCUGAAGGAUACUUUGGACCCCAAGGGUAUCUUGGCCCCUGGAAGAUCUGGAAUCUGGCCUGCCAAGUACCGUAACCAGGGAUGGGAGCUCCUCGCUGAUGAUGACAGACAGACAUCUAGCCCUGCUGAUGUUAAGAAGAUUACGGAGAAGUUGAGCGAUUCGAAGCUGUAAAUCGUCGAGGGAGAGAAAAUCAUGUUGAGAGAUUCUAUUAUGCCGCUGUGGAGGGGCGCGGAAUGCUGAUGAUUUUUACUUUUGUCUUGAGAAUAUAAAACAAUAAUAAUAUAAGUUAAACAAGCGGAAAUUUCACAAUAAAUAAUAAC